GUAAUCUGAUUAAUUUGGGCAGGGAACAGUAACAGCAGGCGGCAUGUCUGAGCGGGAGGAGCGACUGAGACUCUGCUUUACCCCGCCUGAAAACCGCACUCUGACUCAAACGGUGUACUGUCCCUUUAACUGAAGGGGGCUCUCUCUCUACAGGCUGAACCUCCGCUCACUCAGGACCCAUUCAUAAAUAAGACAUCGUGCGGAAAGGAGGCUCAGAGAGUUGCAUCUGAUUUUUUUAAUUCAACACGACCGGAUGCGAGCAGGAGCCAGACAUGUUCACCUCGGGCCGGGGACUGUGGAUCGGGGGCAGCGCUGACUUCCCAUGGCUGACCCCCCUGCUGAUGGUUUGGACUUUGUGUGCGGGCCGUCAGGAGGCAGCUUGAUCCAAGCUCAAACCCGUUGGAUGAAACCAAAAAAAAAGAAAAAGAAAAGCUGUUUUUCUACGUGCUUCCGCUUCACCACCCGAGUCAUCCUAGUUUAAACAGUCCGCCUGCUUCCAUCCCUCCUUUUUUUUCCUUUUUUUGAAUAAAUGAAAAUACAUCAGAGGAGCUGAGGACCUGACAUACCGAUGGAGCAGUGAGUUAUGGCAGCUAAAGAGGAACUGUAUGCCAAAGUGACCCCGCGGAGGCAGCGCCAGACCCGGCCGAGCACCAUCAAACAUGGGUCCACUCUGGACGUGCUGCUGUCCAUGGGCUUCCCCAAGACCAGGGCCUUGAAAGCUCUGGUUUCGACAGGCGGCAAAAACGUCCAGGCAGCUUGCGACUGGCUCUUCUCCCACGUGGACGACCCCUUCCUGGAUGACCCUCUGCCCAGAGAGUAUGUGUUAUAUAUGAGACCCAGCGGCCCGCUGCUCCAGCAGCUCUCGCACUUCUGGCAGCAGUCUCGCCUCUCCUGCGGCAAAAACAAGGCUCACAACAUCUUCCCCCACAUCACUCUCUGCCAGUUCUUCAUGUGUGCCGAUGGGAAGGUGGAAGCUCUGACCGAUGCUUUGCAGACCACCGUGGCCAAGUGGAAGGGUCGUAUACCCAUGCCCCUCCCCCUGGAGCUGUACACCUCCUCCACCUUCAUCGGCCUCUUCGUGGAGGAGCAGUUGGCGGAGGUGCUGAAGAGCUUUGCAGCUGAUUUUUCCACCGAAGCAGCGGCUAAAGCAGAUGUUCAUGUCGAGCCCCAUAAGAAGCAACUUCAUGUGACUUUGGCUUACCACUUCCAAACCAGUCAUCUUCCAAUUCUGGAGAAGUUGGCCAAGACCGUGGACGUGUCUUCGGGCUGCGACUGGCUGGCUGUGCUCUACUCCAGGGAUAUUCGGUUCGCUAAUCAUGAGACACUGCAAGUCAUGUACCCGUAUGUGCCUCAGAAUGAAGACGAGCUCGAGUUGGUGCCAGGAGACUUCAUCUUCAUGUCUACGGUGGAACAGAGCAGUGCCAGUGAAGGCUGGGUGUACGGCACCUCGCUGGGCACAGGGCUGUCUGGCCUACUGCCUGAGAACUACGUCAACCGCGCAGAUGAGUCUGACACCUGGGUUGUCCAUGGGUCUCAUUCCAUUCUCAACUGUGCUUCGCCGUCUAACACUGGCAGCGCUGUGGCCGGGUUAUUAUUUGACGGGCAGCUCAGUGACAGUCUACUUGACAGUCUUGUGGAACCUCAAAACCUCGCCGGCCUCUGUCCUCCCAUGCAGGUGAUGAGGCCAGCUGCUCAGUCCUCCCUGUCCAGGAUGAGACUGUUUGUGUGCCGCCAUGGGGAGAGGAUGGAUGUGGUGUUUGGGAAACACUGGAUCACUCAGUGCUUUGACUCCAAAGGCCGAUACAUUCGCUCUAAUCUCAACAUGCCAUCCAGCCUGCCAGCCAGAAUCGGAGGUCACCGGGACUACGAUAAAGAUUGUCCAAUAACUGUGUUCGGGUCCACCCAGGCCCGUCUUGUAGGUGAAGCCCUGUUGGAAAGCCACACGACAAUAGACUUUGUUUAUUGCUCUCCAUCUCUUCGCUGCGUCCAGACUGCUCACAACAUUCUGCAGGGUCUCCAGCAGGAAGGAAAGACAAAAAUCCGUGUGGAGCCUGGGUUGUUUGAAUGGACCAAGUGGGUUGCAGGCACAUGUUUACCCAUCUGGAUCCCCCCAGCUGAGCUGGCCGCUGCUAACCUGAGUGUGGACACAACAUACAGACCUCAUAUACCCAUAAGUAAGUUGGGAGUGCAAGAGUCCUACGACACCUACAUCAGCAGGAGCUUCCAAGUGACCCGAGAGAUCCUGUCGGAUUGCAAAAGCAUGGGAAACACGGUCCUGAUUGUGGCCCAUGCUUCCUCCCUGGAGGCCUGCACUCGCCAGAUACAGGGCCUCAGCCCCCAAAACUCCAAGGACUUUGUCCAAGUUGUCCGAAAGAUUCCUUACUUGGGAUUUUGCUCUUGUGAAGAAAUGGGAGAAACGGGGGUGUGGCAGCUUGUCGACCCACCCAUCUUGCCUCUUACACAUGGACCAAAUCACAGUUUCAACUGGAGGGAAAUGUUAAUGCAAGACUGAGGGAUAUGCUGUUUGGCUCUCUUAUCUUUUGGCAGCCGCAAACUGCAGAAGAAAUAUUUAUUUUUAACCCACACUGCUACAAAUCCAGCCAAACGACCAAAAAAACAGCAACAACAAAAAAACAUGUCUGGCUUCCGUCAAUGAGAUCUUGCAAAAAAUGUGCAUUCAUUGAACAAAUGUAUUCAGACGUGCUGCUCAGGAAUGAGAAAAUUCAGUAUAUGUGAAAAAUGAGCGACACUUUGGGCAGCAGUCUGUCACGAUGCCCUCAACGUUCCACUUCUUAGCCCAAAAUGUGGAUAAGCCACGAGAAAUCUGGAUAUUUCUUUGAUGGUUGCUGAUGAAUCAGGUUUUAUGCCAUGAGAAGGUGUCAUUUUAUGCCUGUGUGGCUCCUCCUCAGACAGGAAGGGCUGAAGACUUUGUGCUAUUCUGCCUUCUCACACACUGUGACAAGAAAUAGAUGAGAAAGACUCUACCACAGAAAUAUUUUUCCACAUGUCAGAAGUUAUUAUUUAACUUGUAGCUACGACCCUCCUGAGAACAAGCACAAGAGAAAUGUUGACAAUCAGACAGGGGAGAGCUGAUCUUCAUUGUUUCUGGUGCUGAGGUGGGUUGUUUAUUAUACCUGUUUUACUCCUGUUAAUGUCAUAUCAUUAAGUGGUUCUGCUAAGCUAACAUCUAUGUUCCCGAAUGAUUCCUUUCAACCAUGAUCCACAGGAAUUAUAUGGAGGAAAUGCCGUUUUGAUAACUACCAUUGGAACUGGACAGGCGAGAAUGAAUAUAAUCAAAAACACACUGUUGUUUAAUUUUCACUUUUGUCAGUUUUUGACUAAAACGUUUGCCCGUUACCCUGAAACUCUCUGUAAGCUGGACAACCACACAGCUUUUCAAACACUUUUGGUGCAUUUUUUUUUUUUUAUGUGGUUAUGUCUGAUGAUUUCAGUGCUUACUGCUUAUAGCAAUUAUUUGUUGUUUGACUCAGAAAAUCCUAUUAAUGCUCAAAAAAUCAAUAAAGCAAGAUUGUGGGGUUAUAAAGGCCUGUUGGCAUGUGUUCAUAGCCCUCUUCUUCACUUUGAUUACCAGUGGAAAGGUUGCUCUUAACUUUCUGUCCUGUUUUAUAUGAAUUGCACUGAGGUUGUUUUUCUUAAGGAAAUGUGUGGGCAUUGCAAAACACAAACAACACUGAAAUAGUUUCCUUAAAGGAUAAUAGUGUUUUUGACAGUCUUGCAGCAGCAUCAUUGCACUGUUGAAGCUGCCAUUCGACUGUAAACUGUUGACUCGGCAAAAGUGAGAAACACACCUACCAACUAAGUUUUCUUGACUGUAACUUUUUACCUCGCUGAGCAUCAGUUACAGUGUCAGUUACAGUGAGUUUAUUUAUUUAUGUUAAUAUAAAGAAUAAUUUAACAAUACUUGUUCUACUCUCUGAAUUCUCACUUCAUUUAAGGACUUAUUUUUGGCAGAAAUGGAUUCUCAAUCUGGAUUUUACAAUUUUUUCUUCCACAAAAUGA